AUGACUUUGAUUAAACAGUAUUAAAAAAUAAUAUAUUAGUUAAUAAUUCACGAAGUCAAACAAGAUUUUCACGAGAAAUUUUUUAUUGAUUCAGAGAGUGGAUUAUAAGAAAACAAAGCAUUGA